AUGUCUCCUUCCUCCACUAUCACACGCUAUGUCAUUGUGGGCAUGGGCGUCCGCUCGUCCAUGUACUACGAGAGCAUCAUCAGAGACUUCAAGGAUGUUGCAAAGCUCGUGGGAAUCUGCGACACAAAUCAGACUCGCAUGAACGCUGCAAACGACCACAUCGCAGAACUUGGAGGCGAGCGCGUGUCUACCUACAAGGACAAGGACUUCGAUAAGAUGGUCCAAGAACAAAAGGCUGAUGUUGUCAUCGUCACCACCAUCGACCUCUUUCACCACCACUACUGCAUCCGAGCCAUGGAGUUGGGCUGUGAUGCAAUCACGGAAAAGCCCAUGACUAUUGAUGAAGAGAAGCUUCAGGCCAUGAUCGAUGCCGAAAAGAGGACCGGAAAACAGGUUCGCGUACUGUUCAACUAUCGGUACGCACCUCAUCACACCAAGGUUCGCGAGUUGAUCGACUCUGGUGUCAUUGGCGAGAUCUCGACUGUCCACAUGGACUGGAUCCUUGAUUGCCCCCACGGAGCUGACUUUAUGCGUCGCUGGCACCGACACAAGGAGACCAGUGGUGGCAUUCAGAUGCACAAGUCAAUCCACCAUUUUGACUUAGUCCACUUCUGGCUCAACACCGAGCCUGAGCUUGUCUAUUGCCUGGGCUCCCUGCGUUUCUACGGCAGAGAGAAUGCCGAAAAGCGUGGCGAGAAGAACCUCGGAGAACGAUAUCUCAACAACCAAGAUGCGAAGAAGGAUCCCUUUGCUUUCCAGCUCGGUGAUAACGAGCGGAUGAAGAAGCUAUACCUGGAUGCAGAGCAUGAAGAUGGCUAUAUCCGAGACAGGAACUGCUUCGGCGAGGACAUCACCAUCGAAGACAAUCUCUCCAUGAUCAUCAAGUACAAGAACCGCGCUGUUCUCACCUACAACACCUACGCGUAUGCACCAUGGGAGGGAUACCGAUGCGUCUUUAACGGGACCAAGGGUCGCCUUGAGAUCAAUGUUGUCGAGAGCGGCUACUCGCCGACAGGCAUUCCAGUGACGAAGGAUCCCAGUGGCGAGGAUAAGCAGUAUAUCCAGGGAGGCGUCGAGCAGACCAAGAUUGUUGUCUAUCCCAUGUUUGAAGAGCCAUAUGUGGUGGAUGUUGUCAAGCAGGAGGGUACUCAUGGUGGCGGUGAUCCCAUCUUGUUGCGAGAUGUGCUCCUUGGUGAGAAAAAGGGGGGUGUCGAUCGCGCCGCCUUCAUCCGUGAUGGAGGCAAUGCUGUCCUUGUGGGAGUUGGAGCUAAUCACUCCAUGAAGUCAGGCAUGCCCGUCAAGGUACAGGAGCUGGUCCGCUGGUAG